CACGUCCUGUCCUCCUACCCUGCACUGCAACACUGCGGCAGGAGUAGCUUGCUUGUGUGGUGCGCCGCCUGGCGAUGUGUGCCCCUCUUCAGGUCACUCGUGUCACAAUCACGCCAGGUAUUGAUGGACUAAUCGCUCGCUUGCCGUCCCUCUGGUUAGCUCGCCGCAGCCGCGCACCACAAGGGCCUUGAGACCUCGCUAAACCAACACCUCCCUCGUAACAGUCCCAUUCGGCAAUUAGCGGGUUGAGGCGCGGCUCUGACCAUCCCUGGGCUUGCAACACGCCCCUCUCGGCCCUCCUGAAGACGGCGCUGCGGCGGGAAGGCAGGGUCGCUAUAUAAGUGUGUCGGCGGAGGCGUCUUGACAGUUCCAGCGAGUGUCCCGAAGCAGAACCAUGUUCCUCAGACUCCUGGUGUCGUUGGUGGUGCUGGCCGCCGUGCUGGCUGAUGGAACUCCCGACGUGGGCGUGAGGAACGUCAGGUCCUCAACUUACGGCGUGCGCCACCCACCCGCUUACCACCACCCACAUCACCCACAGCCAGCCUACGGCCACCACGAGCCAGCCGAGCCCGCCUGCGCCGCUAACACCACCAAGCCGUGGUGCCUCGAGGACGCCGAGUACCCACUGUACGAGAUCAAGCACGCCGCCGAGUACCACUACGAGAAGCUGCUGUCCCUGUACGCCGACGUGGCUGACCUCAGCACCGAGCUGUCCGUGGAGCGGCCCAAGACCCUGGACGAGGAGACCUACCUCUGCCCCUCCGCCACCGCCUACGUCAGGCCGCUGCGCGCCAUCAACACGGAGGGCAAGUGGCGCGUCAUCGUGAACAAUGUGGACGUGCAUUACGAGACCCUGACGCAGACCACCCGCGUGGAGGAAUGCCUCACCGCCGGCGACGCCUGCCCCCUCGUGCCGGAGUGCUACGAGUCUUCCUGCCUGCAGAAGUCCAUCUACCACCGCUUCCUCGUCUACGACCCCUACGACCAGUACUUCCCCUUCGCCGUGGAAACCUUCAAGCUGCCAGCCAGCUGCGCCUGCCUCCUUGGCGCCUCCACCCUCGAUCACUAACUCCAAGACAUGACAGUUGAAACACCUCACUAACCCUCGGACAAACCAUGUAGUUAGUAGCUAAUUUAUGCCAACCUCUCCUGUAGCUUAGCACACAAGACAAACGGUACUAAGGCCAGCCUUUGUACCCCUAAAACUCUCGCUUCCUUACCACCACAUCCUUUCUCUCCUUUCUUUUAUCCCUCCCUCCUAGCCCUUCGUGCCUCUUACCUUUACGUACAGUGUUUUAAUUUCCCUUCACUUAUCCUAGACUUUCCUCCAUUCUUCGUGCAUUUCCCUCUACUCCUAGUCUCCCUUUUUCUUGAUCUCGUCCUCGCGGAGCCUUACAGUCAGUCACCAGUCAGUCAGUGAGUCAGUCAGCCCCUGGCGGUGUUGUGGUACGUGAAGAAAGCAGUUCUCAUCAUCUCGGAGCAAAAAUAAGAACAUCCAACACCUCAAGGAGAAAAUGACCAUGCUAUUUAAUCUAAUUAGCCCGUAAGGCACCUCGGAACACUCAUAUAUUGCAAUGCUCUUUAAAUGUACAGCAACUUUCCCCCCCUCUCCCUACUGUUUAUAUUUUUAGUUGUCUGUUUCCUUUCUUCCCUCAGCCAAAUCAGACAAUUCAUGUGUCUCUUUUUCUGAAACUUAAGGCCUGAAAUUCAUGUUACUGUUCUAAAAUUUCUUAGUAACUCUUUGAAAUUCUUGUUACCUCAAAAUUGAUGUAGCUUUUGAAAAUCGUGUAACAUUUGAAAUUCCUCAGAUUCUUGAAAAUCUCGUAACAUUUCAGAAAAUUUAGUUUCCCUUAAAUUUCCGAAAUUAUCCUUCUAAUUGUUGAAAAUCUCGUCACUUUUGUUUAGACUCUUACAUCUUGAAAUUCCUGUAACUUUCAAAUUCUACUCUAAAAACUUUCCAUGUUUCCUAUUUCUAUAUUAGAGUAGCAGACGUUCUCUCUCUCUCUCUCUCUCUCUCUCUCUCUCUCUCUCUCUCUCUCUCUCUCUCUCUCUCUCUCUCUCUCU